UGUCUGUCCAUCCUGGUCGACCUACCUACUACCUGUCCGUGUGCGCGUGUGCGCCUUAGUCCCUGCGGACAUCAUAUCGAUUCCUUCGAUGAAUGUCUGUGUAUCCGUCCGUCCGUCCAUUUGUGUCGAUCCUCUUGUACAGUACGUACGUACAGGAACGCACCCAAAAAUCGUCCGUCACAGGUUAGGUUCCUUUUGUGUCCUUUCCCUGGCUGACACACUCACUCCCCAGAGAUGCACUGGCAUGGCAUCAAAUGCACUGCACUGCACCCACAGUGCUUCCCUCCUCUACAACUACAUCCUCUCCUCGACAAGACAACAGACAUACGGCAAAAAUACCCUCAACGUGUGACAAGAAACUACCGAGUACUGCCUGCCCUGCCCUCAGGUCAGUCAGUCAGUCAGUCAGUCAAUCGCAUUCAGUGGAAGAAGAUCGGCAGCCACUGCUUCUCCUGCGCCAGUGUUUGAUCGUCACUGAUCCAGCCCAGCUCAUCCCUCAGCUGCUCCAUGUGGGCCCGCUGGAACUGGUUCCCGUUGAUGCACCCAGGAGUGAGGCAGAAGGGCGUCGGUGGGAGGGUCACUUGCUGCACCACACACACGCACACCCACACACGUUGACGCCGCACAUGCCUGUCUGUCUUGUCUGUCUGUCCGCGUGAAUGUGUGUGUUCCUCGUCUGCUCCCUCCCCAGCUUGACUCACCGAGAUGCAUCGGAAGAAAAUGCGAUCCCUGUCGGGCGGAAACAUGAGCUCCACAUCCUCCUGCACCCCAGGUAUCCAUGUGCUUCUCGUCGCGUACACAUACCCCUUGUCCACAUCUGUCUUGACCAGGGUGUAAUCCUGGCUCUCCGCCAGGUGGCGGAUGGUCCGCAGGAUCUCCUUGUCGCGCCGGUCCAGCCCGCUGUACACAAAGGGUGAGAGGAAGUGGUUUGGGCUGCGGAAGCUCGUAGUCGACACGCAGUUUGACUCGAUCGGGCAGUCGUGCAGAGUGGCGGUCUCGGUGAGGCCCAGAUUGUAUUUGGAUCUCUGGGGAAACACGUCGAGCGGCUGCACAUCUGUGCCGAUAGGCGCCACCUUCACGUUGGCUGGCGGCUCGACUUGAGCAAGGGGCAGAGAGGGAGGGGGAGAAAAGACCGCCAGCAGAGGAAGGAGCCCCUUGGUGAUGACGCCGAGGAGCGGCGGCAGAGGCACGUAAGCAGGGUCGGGCUGUGCAUCCGUCGGACUCAACAGCGAAGGCGCAUGCGGCGAGCACGAAGGCCGCCCUGAGGCUCGAAAGCUGUUGGCACGCUGGUUGAAUUUCAUUCCGCUGAUACGAGAUACCGGGCCGGUGCUCGACAGCUGCGAUGGCAAUUUGGUGCGUUACUCG